AUGGGGAAUAAUUAUAGUCAUCCUAAUGAACGUAAGCAAAAAAAGAGUUGUAGUUCAAAUUCCUCUCGUCCUUCAUCCGCUCAUCAAUUCUUCAUCAACGACCCUUCGCCAGCAACAGGAAUUUCUAAGAUGGACGAAGAUAAUAAAUAUUUCUUACCAGCGAUUCGUGAAGAAGUUGAUCGAUUGCAAUCAUUACAUUUUCUAUUGCACCAUAUCUGGCAGUCAAAUUUUUCUUCGGCAAUGGAAGAAAAACUGCAACGGGGAGGAGCCAAAGUUCUUGACGUUGGUUGUGGACCAGGAACUUGGGUCUUAGAAAUGGCAACCAAUUAUCCGUUGUCCUCGUUCACCGGUAUAGACAUUAGCGCGACCUUUCCAAUUGAGAUUAAGCCACAGAACGCGACUUUCAUUCAGGCAAAUAUUUUCGAUGGACUUACUUAUCCGGAUAGUCACUUCGACUUUAUCUAUUUACGUCAUUUGGCUGUUGCUCUAACAGAUGAGCAAUGGCAGAAAACUGUUAUGAUAGAAUUAGUGCGUAUUUUGAAACCCGGCGGAAUGAUAGAGAUCAUGGAGAGUGACGUACAUUGGUCAAAGGAAGGACCAAUUUUACAAAAUUUUAUGCGUAUAUAUAUCGAAGAUCUUGGCUCGCGCGGAAUAGAUUUAUCCACAGUUAAGGAGAUUCCCGAGCUUCUGCGACAUAACAAUCGUCUCGUUGACUUUCACCAAGAUAUGCGUCAAUAUAGUAUUGGAAAAUGGGCUGGGAGAGUUGGCGAAUUAGCGGCAGAUAAUGCAGUACAAAUGUUUCGUAUAUUGAAAUGUCGCUAUGCAGCCACGCUUCGCUGUUCUAAUGAUGAAUACGAAAUAUUGUUAUCUAAACUCUUGAAUGAGAUUGAUGAAUUCCAACCACACACCAAUUCUUACAGGUUUUGGGCUACAAAGAUCAUCCUAUGA